AGAUGCUUUUAUCCUUCAUAAUAGGAAAACUACACAUCUGUCGCUGCCGUAUCAAGCUUGGUGGAUUUGCCUUAAGGUUUCGUCAUUAUGGUGGACGGGUUUUCGAUUUCGAGUGAUUUUUAAGGCGGUCACUCGGUUUACAAAGACAUUGUGAACGGUUUUCCGGUUUCCAGUAGGCCCCAGUGCCCUCCCGCAACCCUGUACUGUUAUGUGUGACGAUCACUCCCCAAGCAAGGUCAAGAUCUUUUCAAAAGCAGUGUUACUUCUCAGAUUUCGAAAGCGUUUUUAGCUGAACACUCUUCGGUCAAAAGUUCGCGUCUAAAUCUUAAAGUUUUUUUAAUCGAUAAUAUUCAAACAGGUUGAAUUUCAACUACUCUACGACAAACGGAUGGCAGCAUUGUUAUUCACGCUCGCUUUUAUAUUACUUUUGCAUCAAGCUCUGGGUCUCGACUGUUGGGGUUGUUACUCGAAUAAGUCAUGGGCCGACUGCGAAAACAAUCUGGUAUCGAGGUUUUGUGACGAUCAUCCAGAUUGGGUUUGCAAGACAAUAGUUAUUACAAAAACCAGAUACGGAAGCGCUGAGACCUACUACAUGAAGGAGUGUGGGCCGCGUGAAGAGUGUGACGCAGCGCGAUGCAACGUGGAAAUGCGUAACACAACGCAUCGAUGCCAGUUAGAGUGCUGUUGUCAUGACAACUGCAACACGGGGGUUCUCUUGCCAAUGGCUACUGAAGCAGGCGUUGUUUGAAAGCACAGACCUUGCAUAAUACUUCCUA